AUGUGGUCAGCCGCCCGCGUGCUCGCGCACAGGACAGUGCGACGUCCGCCUGUCGCAGCCGCUGGUCCCCUGCGAUCCAACGGACUGCAACGAGCUGCUCGGUGCUCCUCGAGUGUCCCACUGGAGGCGGCACCGAUCGCGUUACCUGCGGAAGAGGCAAAGCAGGUGCUCCUGCCCACUCACGUCAAGUUCCGAAUGCCCGAUUUGGAUUUUAAGGCGGUUGGCGCUGGUGCGUCGCGCACGACGCUCAGCAAGUGGUAUGUCCAGGAGGGCGCCGUCGUGCAGGACGGUACGCACAUGUGCGAGAUUGACACACCAGACGUUACUUUCCAGCUCGAGUCGGGGGACGUGGGCGUCAUCGCGCGACUCUUGGUGCGUGAAGGCACUCGCAACGUCGCUCCAGGCCAACCGCUGGCCAUUAUUGUGCCUACAGAAGCUGAGGCGGAGCAGUUUGUGCAAGCGCUGAAGGAGAAUCCACGCUGCAUUGAAGGCUACAUUGAGCCGACAGAUAGCACGCAAGCAGACGUAGCUGAGGCAGAAGCACUGCCCGCCGCGGCUCUGACGGAAAACGCGGCGUCGAGCGACGUGUUGCGCAUGCUGAACAAGUUGCAGAAAGAAGGUCUGUUUGAGGAUGAGCAGGCGCUCAAGUGGCUCAAGUCACAGGCCCGCAAGAACGACGUCCAGCUGCUCACGACGUUCAAGGCUAGCUACGAAGACGGUGUGCUGGAGGACGCAGCGUUUGAUAAGGCGUUUUUCGUGCAAAAUGCACUUGAACUUGCUGAAGAGGCAUCAAGGGCGUCCGCCGAACACGUUGAGAAGUAG